AUGAUUAAAAUCGCAGUUUUAGGUGCUGGGGUAAACGGGAUAACUUGCGCAUUGAAAAUUAAAGAUAAAUAUCCAAAUUUCGAUGUAACAAUAUUCUCAGAGAAAUUUACACCAGAUACGACAGGAGACGGUUCAGGAGGACUGUGGUAUCCAUAUCUUUGCGGAAACACAACUCAAGAGCAGCUCACGAAAUGGGGUGGAGAGACGUAUGCUUUCUUACAUGAUUUGUGGUAUCAAGGAGGCAAACAUAUUUCUGUUAUGCCAAUGUACGAACUGUACAGGCAGAAGAAGGAGCUACAACGGCCGCUGUGGGCGGACUUAGUGUUCGGCUACAGGGAACUCGACAAGACACAACUCGAUUAUUUGAGUCGAAUGCAUUCGAUUAAUUAUGCAGCCGGUCGAACUUUUACAACGUUUAUCAUUCAAGCACCCAAGCUUAUAGAAUAUUUAUACAUAAGGUAUAAACGCUUAAAGGGUAAGGUGGUAAACGCCAAGUUGGCGUCAUUGUCGGAUCCCAUUCUUCAUAACUUUCAAGUGGUUAUCAAUUGCACUGGGCUCAGCGCGAGAGACAUCGUGCCGGACAACAGAGUGUUUUCUAUACGAGGACAAAUCGCAAGGGUUAAAGCUCCUUGGCUUAACUACACCAUUGUUGACGAAGACAGCGGGCAUUAUAUUAUUCCGAAUGACGCAAUUUGCGUGCUAGGUGGAACUCAUCAAGCGAACGAUUAUAGGACAGAAAUCGAUGAUAGCAACACUAAAUUCAUAUUGGAUGGAUGCCGUCAAAUGAUACCGGGACUGAAGGUGAUUGAAAACACGUUAUGA